AUGAUCCUUUGUGUACUUUUUUUUAAUGUCUUCUUGAUCUUCCUACUACAUUGUGAAAGUGAUUCAUGGGGAGAAGAUAUUGAAGGAACCGAGACAGACGAAUCAUCUGAAUAUGAUAGUGAAGAUGGAUAUGGUGAUGACUUUAUUGUUGAUAGUGAUAUUGACAUGUACCCUUCUUCGGCAGUGCCAAAUAGUGGAGUUGUAAUUGAGGAAAUAGUGGAUGACGAUAAACCUGAAAAUGGAGAUGAUCAAAAUAAGCUAUUAAAGAAAAAGAAACAAGUGGCUAAGUUGAAAGCAAAAGAAAGCAAAAGUUUAGAGCUUGCAAUUGUAGCGAAGGAUGAGACUGAUCUUGUGGAAAGUGAAGAUGAAGAUGGCUUUCCAAUUUCUACUGCAGAUAAAGAUGUGUUUGUCUCUCAGAAGGAAGAUACUGAAAUGAAAGGAGGACAACAACAUAAGAAAACUGAGAAAGGCAAGAAGAAGGAAAAAGAUAUUGAUCAUUCUGCCAGAGUUAAACGGAAAGUUGAUAGCGCUGAUGAAGAUGAGCCACAGGAUGGGAAAAAGAAGAAGAAAAGAAACAAGUUGAAGGAAAAUAUUAAAGGUGAAAGUGCGGAUGCAUCUGGCAAUAGCAAUGAGACAAAUGUAACUGCCCCGGAUGAAAAGCAUCCUGAGGUGGUUGAAACUACAAGCAACAACAGUGAUGUUUCUUAUGCAAAAGAUGAAAAUGAUGGAAAGCUGUCCAAUAACGACGUCCUUGCUGAGAAGAAAAACAAGAAAAAGAAGAAGAAAAAGACCAAAGAAUCCGAAGGGGAAGCUGCUGCUGAUCAAAUUACUUCAACUGCUGAAAAGCAGAAUUUGUCCACAACCUCAGAGAAAAAGGGGAAGAAACAAACUGAAACCAAGCCAUCCCAAGUGAGAACUUUUGCAAACGGAUUGGUUAUAGAGGAGCUCCUUAUGGGUAAACCUGAUGGCAAAAGAGCUGCUCCUGGAAAAAAGGUCAGUGUUAAAUAUAUUGGGAAGCUGCAAAAGGAUGGGAAAAUAUUUGACUCGAACGUGGGGAGAGCACCCUUUAAAUUUCGCCUGGGUGUAGGCCAAGUCAUCAAAGGGUGGGAGGUCGGGCUCAAUGGGAUGAGGAUUGGGGACAAAAGAAGGAUCACAGUUCCACCAUCUAUGGGAUACGCAGACAAGCGCGUUGGGACAAUACCACCAAAUUCGUGGCUUGUAUUUGAUGUGGAGUUGGUUGAUGUUGAUCGCUAA